CUGGCGAGAAAUUCAAAGUAACGCUGCCAUAAGAUGUGAGAGUAUUAAUUUAGUUUAAUAUUAGUUUUCAGUGAUGGGUAAUUGUUGGGCGUGUGUUUGCCGCCGCCGGAGCGUGCGUAGACGUAUAGUGUUAAUAUUAAUAGGUUUAGACAACGCGGGAAAGACUAAAACUGUGAACAAUUUGGCAGGCGAGAACGAUGAAAAGGUUCUGCCGACCGUAGGUUUUAAAGCUGUUAAUUUGAUUCAUAAGGAUACGCCUGUGACUAUUUAUGAUUUGGGAGGAGGGCCGCAUUUCAGGCAAAUAUGGUCGCAGUAUUACAGCGAGGUGCAUGGGGUUAUAUUUGUUAUCGACUCGAGUGAUUUUUCUCGGUUGGAUGAGUGUCGCGCUGUGUUGGAAGAAGUGUUAUCGCAUGAUAAAAUAUCGGGAAAACCAAUACUAGUGCUGGCCAACAAGCAGGACAAAUCUGGCGCGCUGGACGAUAUAGAUGUCGUCGAGAAAUUGAACAUAGAACCGCUUGUUAACAAAUACCGAUGCCCAACUUUAGUAGAAUCUUACACUGCCGAAACGGAAACGAAAAAGAAAAAGCCCAAAAUCGACCCAGGGCUAAAGAAGGGCUAUCAUUGGCUACUGAACUAUAUCGUCCGGCGUUACGGAGACAUCAACCUUCGCGUACAGACAGACAUACAUGCAGAGUUGGAGAGACGACGGCUGCAGAGUAAAGCUAGUCAAACUUUUACUGCUGACAGCGAAAACACACCAACUGGUUUCGAAAAUCCAAACUUCAAUAUAGAGACGAAAGACUCCGAACCAGGUCUCAUAGUGGUCAAACCGAUCUCUAAAACGGACAGUGUGGACACAACAGUUACCAUAGAAAGUGUCGACAAACCAAAAUUGUCGCCACUGUUUGGACGAGCUAGUUCAGAAGCGAUGCCUGUCGCAAGAGUGGAAUUGGAGCCACGAGCGGAGUUCAGAAAACUGUCUCCUAUCGCUCGCAACAGGAGCGGCGUCAACCACAUCGACUUUAUGAAUAGACCACAUUCUAGUCCAACGAAGAAAAUGAAGUCAGAGCCGUUGAGUAACAACUCAUCUCUACAAUCGGAAGACAAAACCUUUCGAGAACCAGAAAGACCUCGCCGAGUCAUCAGAGAAGGAGAGAUUAUGAGAAGAGAGAUAUUACUUGCUGACAGAGAUUGCAACAAAACGGCAUCCUCUGAUGUGACGCCACUGCGGGAUGUGGCCACACUGCCGGCGGGCGGGCGGCCCGCGUCCGCCUCGCAGCUCGUGCGGCGACAACUAGAGGUGUCCGCGCACAGGCGUCGCCUUAGUUUACGCUAUGUACGUAAUAAAACGAGUCCAGAACGCGUGUCCAUGUUGGUGUACGAACCGAAACAGAGACACCUUGACAAGGGAGACUUUCAACACGCCACCAACUGACGCAGGUAGUACAAAGUUCAGCAGCAACGGGACCAGUGAUUGACGAUUAUUUUAAUGUUUAAAGGUUGUAUGUAUAUCUUUUGUCUUUAAGCAGACGUUCCUUGUUUAGUUUAAAUAAAUUUAAACGAUUAUUAUAAAGGAAAAACACAUAUUUUGAUUUAUUUCAGUUAGGAUUUAACUUUUAGAAUUUCAUUUUUGUGCCAUGAUUUUGGCAGAAAGUAAAUCGCAUUUGAGUUAUAAUGGUUGAUUUAUUGAUUUACGUCAAAAUUGUUCAUUUAAGUAUCUAAAAGAUAAUUCUUCUACAUCUACUAAGCGACUUAUGUGCCCCGACUUGUAAGGAGCAUAGCUUGAAAAGAUUGGGUACUUUUUCCGGAACAUUUUGAAGUUUCGCUAUUUGAUGAACAGUGAAAUUUAUAAAUGGAAGCCAAAGGUUUGUAAAAACAGGGUUAUAGCUUUUGGGAUUAGAUUAUAUAUUAUUAGAUUGUAAAUGAGUAGGUAUCUUGAGAGUUGUGAGGAAUUGAAAGGGCGAAGUUCUUUAAGUCAUAAACUUAGCUAUAUGUUUCAUUUCUUAGUACUUCAAUAUAAAAAAAUAUCGGGGAUCCGUUUAUACGACAUGGAAUUUAGAAAAAAUUAAAUAAAAUGGACCUACUGCUUUUUACCUUUGUAUACAAAAUUAUUGCUACAAUUUUUGGGAAUAGGUAGAGAAAUUUUAACCUAUGUCAUGUAAGUAAAACAUCAAUAUAUACUUUUUUUAAUGUUUACUAAUAACACAUAUAAUAUUUUCUAAACUGGCGCGCCAUUAUUUUUUGUCAACUAUUAUAUGAUUCACUUGAUUAAAAUGUAUACAGAGGUAGCGGGAAAAACUUUUCCUUCGUAUUUUUCCGGAAAAAUUUCGUAUUUGUCAUGCUAAUUCAAACAGUUUCAGUACGUCUUGUACAUACUGAGACUCACUGAAAUAGUAUGACACGUUCGUACGUGUCCGUAAAAAUACGAUGCAAAAUCUUUUCGCACAUCUGUAAAUGUUUUAAUAUGUAGUAGAUAGGUAUCACAAAAUAUGAGUAGCUAUCAUAUUUUUAUACUAGUCUUUUCUAGUUAAAUACUAGUGCCAUAUUGUGAUUUAAAACUUACUAUAGCUUGUAAAGUAGUUUUAUAUUGUAGAUUUCUCGUUGAUUGUAAUAAUUAUAUCAGUAGUUAAUUUGAUUUUCACUACAAAUAUAGUGUAAUCUGCAUUAAGUACUUGGGUAUUUUUUCACUUACGAAAUAGUUUUUUCAGUACAGAUGGUGUUUUUUUUACGCACUAGUGCGAGAAGUGGUUCAUUAUAUGGCAGG